AUGGUCGAGCGAACGUACUGGAAGGAGCUCCUUCCCGCCAAGCUCGUCUACGUGCUCUUCAACGUCGGCGCGAGCUCGGUCCAGAACUUCCUCCCCGUCUACUAUAGCACGUACUUCAACAAGUUUGAAAUCGGCCUUCUCCAGACGAUCCCAUGCCUCUGCUCGCUCCUCGCGCCGCCGCUCUGGGGCGCAAUCGCGAGAUCUGCUCCAGAAGCAGCGCCUUACGUGCUCGGCCUUCUCCUCGUCGUCUUCCUCGGUGGCACCAUGUUUGGCAUCAUCUCGGCCUUCUUGAUGCUCAACUUGUAUGAGCUCAGCGGCGGGUCGGCGCAGAUCGUGGGUAUUGCGAUCUUCUGCGAGACCUUCUCGGAGCUCCCGGCGUUUUACUUUGCCGACGCCAUCAUUGACCGCCUCGGGACCGUCAAGGUGCUCGCAAUCUCGAUUCUGGCAUAUGGUAUCCGGCUCACGUGCUAUGCGCUCAUGACGAACGCGUGGUAUGUGCUGCCUAUCGAGCUGCUCCACGGCUGCACAUACGGCCUCGCGUGGGCUGCGAGCACCAAGUACAUUUUUGCCGAAGUGCCGCGCGGCACGGAAGGCUUGAUGAUGGGCAUCCUCAGCGCGGUACAGACGGGCCUCGGACGCGGCGUCGGCACGUCAGUUGGCGGGUACCUCUACAACACGUACGGCGCGAGCUACAUGUGGGCGGCGGCCGACAUGGGCGUGCCGCUCGCCUUUCUCGGUCUCUACAUCUUUUCGUGCACGAUGCCAACGCACAAGACGGCGACCGCCGCCGAGUCGAGUCCGCUUUUGGUGUAA